UAUAUUGUGUGACUGUACGAUAUCAACAUACUGAGUAUAAAAUCUCCGUCAAGUUCAUAAUUUCUUAGUUUUAUGAAGAUCUUCGAAUGGUAUAUACGUGCGGUAUUUAUCGUUAACGUUUUUCUACGCAGUCUCUUCUUAAAACAUUACAAUGCAGCACACUUUAAAGGUAACACGAUACUCGACACUUCUAAAUAAACAUAAUGUCAUGGCUCAACAUGUGCCUGGACUACAAUUGAGCAAUUUGCAAAAAAAUCUUGAUAAAUUACUCCCGCAAAAAGAAGAAUUUCAAGCAAGGCACAUCGGACCUAGAGAACACGAGCAAAUAGAAAUGUUGAGAUUAAUUGGAUUUAAGAGUCUUGAUGAAUUAACGGAAGCGGCAGUACCAGUUAAAAUUCUUCGCAAGGGAGAUUUAAAUAUCGAUGAACCAGUUACUGAGUACGAUCUGAUGAAGCGGGUCACCAAAAUUUCGGAAAAAAAUGAUGUAUGGCGCUCUUACAUAGGAAUGGGAUACCAUAAUUGCUGUGUGCCACAUACAAUCAUGCGUAACAUCUUCGAAAAUCCAGGAUGGACGACGCAGUAUACUCCUUAUCAGCCGGAGAUCUCGCAAGGACGACUUGAAAGCUUAUUGAAUUACCAAACCAUGAUAUGCGACUUCACGGGGAUGGAAGUGGCGAACGCUUCCCUUUUGGACGAAGGAACAGCAGCAGCAGAGGCUUUGGCGCUUGCAUGCAGACAUAAUAAAAGAAAAAAGUUAUUUCUCUCUGACCAAGUGCAUCCGCAGACUAUCAGUGUGAUAGCAACGCGCGCCGCGUCUCUAGGUUUAAUGCUGGAAGUCGGAGACGUGUUCAAAGUAGAUACCAGCGGGAAAGAUAUUGCCGGCAUUCUCGUGCAAUAUCCCGAUACGACUGGCUGUAUACAUAAUUUCAACAGCGUUGUCAAAAAGGCGCACGCUAACGGGACACUCGUCUGCGCGGCUACCGAUUUAUUGGCGUUAGCUUUACUUCAACCUCCGAGUGAAUUCGGCGUCGAUAUAUGCGUGGGCACAAGUCAACGUUUCGGAGUACCUUUAGGAUACGGAGGACCUCAUGCCGCAUUCUUCGCGUGCCAACAAAAACUGGUGCGAUUAAUGCCCGGUCGAAUGAUAGGCGUUACGAAAGACUUCGAUGGACGGGAGGCUUAUCGAUUGGCCCUUCAAACGCGCGAGCAACACAUCAGACGGGACAAAGCCACCAGCAAUAUCUGUACCGCACAAGCGUUGCUAGCCAACAUGUCCGCAAUGUAUGCCGUGUAUCACGGUCCCCAGGGAAUACGUGACAUUGCGAGCAGAGUGCACAAUUUGACCUUGGCCUUGGCGAGAGGUUUAGAAGUAACUGGAAACGAGAUAAACAACAUGUACUUUUUUGAUACUAUUAAAGUGUCGCCAAAAAUUUCUGUGCAGAAGCUAAAAGAGAAUGCGAACAAAGCUGAAAUAAAUUUAAGAUAUUAUAGCGACGGUACCAUUGGAAUAGCUCUUGAUGAAACUACAACAAUAGAAGACGUGAAUGAUCUUUAUAAUGUAUUUUCGGCGAAUACUACAGUUGAAGAUGUUAUCAAAAACGAAGACUUCCUCGCGAGAAGCUUGAAUAAAUCAGAUUUCCAUCGUACUAUUCCGUACUUGCAACAUCCUGUCUUCAAUAGCUAUCAUUCCGAAACAAGGAUAGUCAGAUAUAUGAAAUCUCUGGAAAACAAGGAUGUGUCUCUCGUACAUAGUAUGAUUCCAUUGGGUUCUUGCACGAUGAAACUGAAUUCAACGACGGAGAUGAUGCCGUGCAGUUUGAAAGGUUUCACGGAUAUGCACCCCUUUGCUCCUUUCGAGCAGGCUAAAGGCUAUCAACAAUUGUUUGCCGAAUUGGAGCAUGAUCUGUGCGCAAUCACCGGUUACGAUGAUAUCAGUUUCCAGCCGAACAGUGGGGCACAGGGUGAAUACGCGGGUUUGAGAGCUAUACAGUGUUACCACGAAUCCAAGGGCGAAAAGCAUCGGCAAGUAUGUUUAAUUCCGGUAUCCGCGCAUGGCACGAAUCCUGCGUCUGCCCAAAUGGCAGGUAUGCAGGUAAAGCCAAUAUUCGUGCGUAAGGACGGCUCCGUCGACAUGGCGCAUCUGAUGGAGAUGAUCGACAAGCAUCAAGAGACAUUGUCUUGCCUGAUGAUUACAUAUCCAUCGACAAACGGAGUAUUUGAGGAGACAAUCGGCGACAUAUGUGACUUGGUGCAUGGUGCCGGCGGGCAAGUAUAUUUAGACGGCGCCAAUAUGAAUGCUCAAGUUGGCUUAUGUCGACCCGGUGAUUAUGGCAGUGACGUAUCACAUCUCAACUUGCACAAGACAUUCUGUAUUCCUCACGGAGGUGGUGGACCCGGCAUGGGUCCUAUCGGAGUAAAGCGACAUCUCAUACCUUUUCUGCCAAAUCACCCAAUAAUAAAUUGUUCUCGUAACGGCAAUGGUGAUAUAAAGAAUUUUGGUUCUGUGUCGGCCGCACCUUUUGGAUCAUCUGCCAUUUUACCAAUAUCGUGGGCUUACAUCAAGAUGAUGGGCCCGAAAGGCUUGCGUAAAGCUACACAAGUGGCCAUUCUCAAUGCCAAUUAUAUGAGCAAGAGAUUGGAAAAGCAUUACAAUACGUUAUAUAAGGGUGAAACCGGAUUGAUUGCACAUGAAUUCAUUCUGGACAUAAGGGAUUUGAAGAAAUCUGCCAACGUCGAAGCCGUUGAUAUAGCGAAGAGAUUGAUGGAUUAUGGUUUUCACGCACCGACUAUGAGCUGGCCGGUAGCUGGCACUUUAAUGAUCGAACCGACUGAAUCCGAAGAUAAGACUGAGUUAGAUAGAUUUUGCGAUUCUCUGAUCUCUAUAAGAAAAGAGAUUGCAGACAUCGAGGAAGGAAAAUUAGAUAUUAAACAAAAUCCUUUAAAGAUGGCACCUCACACGCAGGAACAAGUAAUAGCAACUGAAUGGAAUCGAACAUAUUCGCGAAAGUUAGCAGCUUUUCCCGCCCCAUUCGUGAAAGGAAGUAACAAGAUUUGGCCAAGCGUAGGAAGGAUAGACGAUAUAUAUGGUGAUAAAAAUCUAUUUUGUACAUGUCCGCCUAUUUUACCAGAACAAUAGUGUUGUACCAUGUUAUUUUUAUAUAUAUACUACAU